AUGGCGCCGAAUAAGCUCAGCCUUAACCUCCAGCCGCCCGCACCGUUCGACUUUGUGAACCCGGGAACCUGGCCAGCAUGGCUUCGCCGCUACGAGGACUACGCCGUCGUUUCCGGCCUGACUCAAGCAUCCGGCGACAUGCAGGUAUGCUCGUUGUUGUACUGCAUGAGGCCGGAGGCCCGCCCACUUCUGGAGACGUUCUCGCUCGACACCGCAUCACUCGCCUCAUUUCAAGCGGUUGCCGCUAGCUUCACCGACCACUUCGUGCAUCUGGCGAAUGAACUGUACGAGUCGUCGCGCUUUCACCGGCGUGUUCAGUUACCCGACGAGAGCGUCGACGCCUACUACGCCAAACUGUGUAGAAUGGUGAAGCGGUGCAACUAUUCGUCAGCUGAGGUGGAGCGAAAGCUUGUACGCGAUAGAUUCGUCGCGGGCCUCCGCGACUCGCGCCUUUCGGACCAGCUUUGCCGGAACGCGAAAUUGACGCUCAAAGAAGCAUGGAUGCAGGCCCAUCAAUCAGAAGACGCCGACAAAGAAAAAACGUUGCCUCAAAACUGCGCAGAGCACUCCCGCGAGCUACACCUCGACGCCGUACGAGAUAAGAAGUUCGCCUCUCGCCGCCGCAACUACGAUAAGCGGCCUUCGCCCCCGCGGAAAGCAGAGCGCUCCUGCCAGCCGUCAACAAGUGAAUUCUGCGACCGCGCGCCACAUCCACGUUCUAACUGCCCUGCUCGAAACUCCGUCUGCAACUUCUGCAAAAAGAAAGGACACUUUGCGGAGGUGUGCCGCGCGCGGCAGGCAAAACAGAAGCUCGGCUCCAUUCAGCUACAGGCUGUCGGGACGCCCACCGCGGCAAAGUUCGUCGACAUCACCGUUGACAACUACACAGCGCAGUUCAAGGUUGAUUCCGGAGCCGAGGUGUCCGCCGUUCCGAGCGACUUCCCUGCAUUGCCGGCCAAGCUCGACACCUCAACAGCCGGCUCACUGGACCUGGCGGUCAGCCGCGGCGCGUGCUGGGUUCGUACAUGGCGAGACUUUGGUGGCACGGGAAAAUGA